AUGGUAAAACUCGCCGUCGUUGCCGCCAUUGCCGCCACCACGGUCACCGCCAAAAUUGCCUCCAGCGUCCACCGCCUCUUGGAGGUCGCCGAUUCCGUCGACGUCGUGGUCGAGUUCAAGGACGGCAACACCCGCGCCCUUCGUAGCGCCAAGUUGGAACUCAACUCGAUCCAGGAACGCGGCCCCCGCAUCGCCCACCUGCGCUCGCUCUUGGUCAAGACGAUGGAAUCAUCGCAGAAAGAGGCGCUCGAGGUCUUGGCGUCGCAGCCCGAGGCGUUCUCAGUGCGAACCAAGCAGUUCCACAUCAGCAACACGCUCUUUCUCUACGGCGCCAACCGCAACGUGUUGGACAAACUCGCCAAGCUUGACACGGUGGCUGUUAUCCGGUCUCCAGUUGCCGCGCACUUGCCCGUGUCCGAGACCGAUGACGUGGUUGUGGACUUGCCCGUCGUCUUGGACAACACGACUGAGGCGACCGUGCAGGCCAUCGAGUGGGGCGUCAACCGCAUCGGCGCGCCGACCGUGUGGGCGUCCGGCAACCGCGGCCAAGGUGUCGUCGUUGGCUUUUUAGACACCGGGGUCGUCGCGACCCAUGAAGCUCUCAAGGGCAACUACCGAUCCACGCACGGUUGGUUCGACCCCAUCCACAAGUCGGCCACCCCGUUCGACAGUACCGGCCACGGCACGCACGUCCUCGGAACGGCAGUUGGUGCGAACGGGAUCGGGGUCGCGCCGGACGCCCAAUGGAUCGCUUGCCGCGGGUGUAAUACGGAUGCGUGUCCCGAGGAUGCAAAGACGGCGUGCGCGCAGUUCUUACUCUGCCCCACGGACGCCGAUGGCUCCAACCCCAAGUGCGAGUUGGCGCCCCAUGUGAUCAACAACAGUUGGGGUGACGUCACGAGAUCAAACUCUUACCAAGCCAGCGUGAAUGCGUGGCGCGCCGCUGGCAUCAUCCCGGUCUUUGCCAUCGGGAACUUUGGACCCAAUUGUGGGACAGUCACCUCGCCUGGCGACUUCAAGAACGUGAUCGGGGUCGGGGCCGUCGGGUGGGACGACAAACUGACGACGGCUAGCAGUCGCGGGGCGAGUCAAGAUGGCACGCGCAAGCCCGACGUGACGGCUCCUGGCCUUAAUGUCCGGUCCACGUGGCACGUAGGUAACCCGGCGUACAAGACCAUCUCGGGCACGUCUACGGCAGCUCCUCACGUCACGGGGACCAUCGCGCUCUACUUGAGCAAACACAAGGGCGCGACGUACGACGAUGUGUACAGCGCCAUCACCUACAUGUCCGUCGAUACGAGUGGGUUGACGCCCGAGAGGAAAAACUGCGGAGGCCUCUUGGACACUGGGUACCCUAACAACAGCUACGGCUGGGGUCGCAUCAACGCAGCGCGAGCGCUUGGUGUCGCCAACAACAGCCCGUCCAACCACUCGUAG